AUGGAAGCCAGCUGGAAACUCCCCGUCAAAUUAAAAGCCUCGUCUCUUUGGAACCCGAAGUUGAUUUCAGAAGGCUACAAAACUCCCGACGACCCCCAAGAGUCUACCUUUGAGUUUGUCCGCACCAAUGGCAUUACCGCCGAGGCUGCCAACGUGUAUCCACACCAGCUGGAAAAACUGGCCCCCACCGAGAAGAUAACCGCAUGGGCAGCCACAAAAGCAAGAAAAGCUUACGACGCGCAGUUGCAGGUGAAAGGCCAGAACGCCGCAGCUGAGGACCCACCCCGUGGCCCCCACAAGCGCCUGUCCGACCUCCGAUAUGAGAUACGCGUCCUUGAACUCCACCCCGGGCAUUUCUACGACAACCUGAAAGGUACCCUGCACCACUGCUCCGUCGAGUACGAAGACGGAAUUUCUUCUACCUUUAUAGCAGAUGAUGAGCGGCCAGCCUACCGCACGCGCUUCGCGCUUUCUUGUGAGAACAUGAAGAAGCCCGUGUGGUACACGGCGCUCAGCUACGCCUGGGUAGAUCCAACUUCGAGCUCGAAUACGAACUGGGACCCGGCCACAGACACACACAUUGAGUGCAACGGCUUCAAACUUCCGAUUACUAGGUCCCUCGAGAUGGCGUUGAGACACUUUCGCCAAACAACUCAUUCCAUCAACCUCUGGAUUGACCAGAUUUGCAUAGAUCAAAGCAAUAAUUACGAGAAGGAACAUCAGGUUGCGCUCAUGUCAAAAAUCUACACACAUGCGGUCAACACUGUUAUUUGGCUGGGAGAAGCAACGCCAGGAUCAGACCGUGCCUUCAAGCUGCUUGAAUACAUCGGCACAGUAUUUGCAUUUGAAGUCAACGCGCCUCCACCAGAUGAGUUUGAAAGACUAUUUCUUCCACAUGCAGAGGAUCCCAUUUGGAAGGACUUGUGGGACCUGAUGAACCGGGAAUGGUUCACAAGACUGUGGAUCGUCCAGGAAGCGAUUCUGUCAUACAAUCCCUGGAUUCUGUGCGGCAAAACCAAGAGGAAUUGGGAGGCAUUUGCAAACAACUUCAACAGCUUAAUCCGCAGUGGCUUGUCUUCGUGGCUCGAAGAGAACUUUGGUGGCAAGUCAGGUGGUCGGACCGUCGGUUGGAAGUCGAUGCAGGUGCUGAGCGUCGAGCGAGAGCAUUAUUACUCGUUCGAAGGUAAGUUGUCACUAUUCAGCCUCCUAACUAGCACCCGAAACGCUCGAUCUGCGGACCCCAGAGACAAAGUGUACGGCCUAUUCGGCAUCUGCAAAAAGCCAGGGUAUCUCAAAGUCAGCUACGGCGAGAGUGUUACAGCGGCCGAUGUCUAUUUCGCAGCUACUCUGCACUGCGUAACAACAGACGUACUUUACCUCUUUCCCAUGCUUUGCUGCGUCGAUCAUGAAACUCGCCCAGGCUUGCCGUCGUGGGUCCCGGACUGGAGCUCAAGUCGGCAAACGAGCUCUCUGGGCUUUUCCACCAGCUCUGCCGGCAUCUACCACGCGUCAGGAACAUGGAAGCCCUGUUUCUCGUACCGCCCCGAUGGACGGGAGCUACUUGUGCCUGGGAAGAUAUUCGAUGUCAUCAAAGAUUUAGGCGAGGUCUGCACCGCGCCUGAAAUUGCCAUCGAAGGCUCUCUGAGCGCCAACCAAUGGCUUACUCCCUGGGUGCACCUGGCAGAGCAGUGUCUUCCAUACCCAAGCGGCUGCAAGCUCUUCGAAGCUUUCUGGCAUACACUCGUAGCGGGUAAAGACGGAGAAGGUAGGCAGAAAGCUCCGGAUUCUUUUGAGGAGAUCUUCAGCUUGCUGCUCGACGAAUCUACUGGACUGCACCCAACCUUCCCGGACCAAACGUAUUCCAAGCGCCAGCUUCGGCCUCCAGGAAAAGGGAAGCUCGAGCUGGCGAACCUGAAGGCGAGGGCUCCGGCCAAGACGUAUCAGGAAAUCCGCAGCGCUGUGCGCCGUGCUACGAGGAAUCGGCGGCUAGGUGUGACGGAAAAGAAGUACCUUUGCUUGCUGCCUCGGCACGCGAAGGUGGGAGACAUCAUCUGUGUCUUUGUCGGAUGCCACGUCCCAUUCGUUAUACGUGAAGUUGAGGGUGGUAGGUAUAACCUCGUGGGAGAGUGCUAUGCGCACGGCAUCAUGGACGGCGAGGUGAUGGAUAUGCAGGAUGUACCGCACAUCUCCGUUAUCCUGUCAUAG